AUGGCGUUGACGGCCACGAUCAAACGAGAUCGUCGUUUCAGCCCAUAUCCCACGUCUCAGUUGAUUUCUGCGAUGGAGGCAGAGAUCGAACAGAGAGCAAAGCUGUUUAAGGAAUUUUUGAAGAUGGUUCUCAGUGGAGAAGCCCAAUACACAAGGCAGAUUGUAACUGUUUCGAAAGGAGAGGGAAAUAUCAUUGCUUAUGCGAAACCAAAAUAUCCAUUGGUGAUGGGUAGUGAUACCUCCACUGCCGAAUCUGGUUCAGAAGCAGAAGAUAUUGCCUCUCCAAAAGCAGUUAAGAGCUAUGCAUCGUGCCAGUGCUUAACCCCUGUGCGAGAAGAGUCGGGCUUGUUGUGUGAUAGAAAAUUACCUCUCAAACUUAAGGGAAAAUUCUAUAAGUCAAAAGUUUUUGGGAAGUGCAUCCUUCCCGUGGAAUCCUCGGAGCCUGAAUGUAUCUUGACAGUUGACAAAGCUGUCGAUGCAAAAUGGAAGAAAGAGAACACGAGCAGGAGGGAGCAGGAGCAAUGUUCAUCUGUAGGCAAAGAUUAUUGUCCAGUUUUCAAUCCAUAUCUCCAUAUUCGUUAUGAAAAUAAAGAAAAAAAUUUGCUUGGUGCAGGUUCAUCAGCUAUUUUGGUUGAUGUGAAGAAGUAUUCAGAAGGAUUUAGAAUGCAGAUACUUGCAUAUGUAAUCACCCUAUAUACAUUGCUCUUUAUGGUUAUCAGCCAUGUGACAAAGCAGCCUCAGGAAGAAACUCCUGAAUCAGAUUGGCAUGAUGCAGCAUUAUUUCGGGGUUCUACCUCUAAGGUGUUCCAGCCUCCAUCGCCUGCUCCUGGACUCAAAGAUGCUGACCUCCUGUCAUCUGUUCUGAAGAGGCUUGGUGAACUGGAAGAGAAGAUUGAUAUUCUUCAAUCAAAACCAUCAGAAAUGCCUCAUGAGAAGGAAGAACUGCUUAAUGCCUCCGUCCGCCAUGUUGAUGCAUUAGAAGUUGAACUUAUUGCCACAAAACAGGCUUUGCAUCAAGCUCUUAUGAGGCAAGAUGAACUGUUGGCAUACAUUGAUUUUCAGGAAGAGGCUAAAUUUCGGGUUAGUAGAAGCUCCAUUUAUAAUUUUGGCAUUGUCCACUUCAUUUGAUUGUUCCAUGUCUCUUACUGUAUAUUUAUUCAUUUGUU